CAGUCGUGUCCUGAUCAGACGAUGAAUCUUCUGUGGACCUUCUGCCUACUGCUGGUGGUUCCAACCUGGGCUCAGAAGGUGUCAGAGCACCAAGUGGAUCUUGGACAGACCAUCACCUUGAACUGCACUAUGAACACAGAGAACAUUUUGUGGUACCUGGAGAUCUACAGCGGCUUGUGGGCAACUAUUGUAAGAAUUUUUGAUAAGGCUGGACAUUCUCCCAUAUAUCAUGUUCACACGUUGGAUCCCAAAUUUGAAAUCCAGCCAGGAAACAAACUCGUGAUUAAAAAUGUGACUGCAGACGAUUACAGGAGAUACUCAUGCAGAAACAAGACAAAUGGCAUUUCAUUUAACAACAUUGUGCGUCUCGUCCCAGCUGGUCAGAUUGUUCUGUCUGCUAACGAUUCAGAACCAGAACAGCAGCAGAACAGCUGGAGAAUCCUGAAGAGCGAGGAGCUCAUGAUCGGCUCGCUUGCCCUCAACGGCGCCCUCUUCUUCCUCCUAGCAGGUUUGACUUUGUAUUUCUGUCCAAAGAGGAGCAGAAAAUACCAAAUCAACAACCCUUUAUCGGACCCCUUUGAGACAACAGACAACAAUUGUCCACAGUACGAGGAGAUCCUCUUAUCUACUCCUGAAGUCCCACGCCCUGCCACUGCCCCACCUCCAGGGUGUGUUUACUCCAAAGUUCAGCUUCCUCUGUCUUCGAAUAUGGUGUACUGCACACCUGGAGAGUACUUACCUGGUCCAGCACACCUGAGCAAGAACUCCAGUGGUUUCUCAGAGCUGCGACCAAAACAAAAGCCCUGAUGGUUCCGUAAGGUUCUGACUGAACCCGAGCGGGACCAUCAGAUGACUCUGUGCAGAAACUCUCCUGCCUCAUGCACAGCUUACGGGUUCAGGGGAUUUCCACCGAACUCAUCUUCAAGUGUUUCACACACUCAGCGACAAGCAUCUCACCCACACCGCUUUCCUGCUGCACGUGCAGCUGGACCAUAAACUUAACCAAAGCCACAACACCAGAACUGCACACAGCAAGCCCAAAGUCUGCAACAAAACUCAGCAGCUGUCAUCCUGCAGGUGAUUUCUGUUAAAAUCCUCAAGUUAUUUUCACCAUCAUUCAUUAUAUUUUAAAAUAAAGAAAUAAAAUAAAGAAAGAAAAUCAUUUUUAAAACUCCAGCUUUGUGUAAAAAGAAGCUCUUUUAUAUCAGUUUAUAAAAACAAGAUCUAAAUAAUGAAUAAUGAAAAAAAAAAACAUACUACAUUGAAAUGUUAUUAUAUCUGCACACUGACUUAUCUGUAAAAGUGACAUUAUGUUAACUGUGUUCUAUUCAAAGGUGUGUUUAUAAUAUAAAUCAUAUUUCUAAAGACUUAAUUUAAUUUUGAGAUUAAAUGCAACUUUUACAUUUUGUACAACAAAGCUGAAGUUUAUUCUUUU